UACCUUUAGCCAUAUGAAAAUGAUGACAUCUGCUAAAUUAAACAUCUCGUCAUUUACAUCGCAUUGCUUAUUGGCGUUUGUUCUACGAUUAGUAUUUAUACUUUACGCCAAUUUUCACGACGAGUAUCUCACAGUACCGUACACAGAUGUGGACUAUAAAGUAUUUACUGAUGCUGCUAGGUAUGUGGUAGAACAGAGAUCGCCGUUUGAUCGUCAUACUUACCGCUAUUCGCCACUUCUAGCCUGGCUCUUGACCCCAAAUAUUAUAUUACAUAAGGAUUUUGGAAAAAUCUUGUUUUCUGUUGUAGAUGUACUAAUUGCGGUCCUAAUUAAAAAUAUUGUCGCGCGACAAAGAUGUAAUGAGACUGUGAAAAAUUAUUGCGCGCUCCUAUGGCUUUAUAAUCCGUUAACGUUAGUGAUCUCGACGAGAGGCAACGCAGAUUCAUUGGCAGUUCUUUUAGUCGUGCUCACAUUGGAUUUGUUACAGAGAGACAAAAUUGUAUUGGCCGGAUUAUUACAUGGGAUAUCUGUACAUUUCAGAUUGUAUCCGUUGAUGUUGCUGAACAGGGAUCAAUGGAGACUUGUGCUGAGUUGCGUUUUCUCAAUCGUUACACUAACAGCCAUGGGUUAUCGUCUGUAUGGCUUUAAAUUUUUGUACGAGAGUUUUAUAUAUCAUUUAGUACGUAAAGACGCAAGACAUAAUUUUUCCGUGUAUUUCUAUAUGUUCUACUUAUCUGCUAAUCAACCACAGGAUAUAAUUCAGAAGAUCCUUACAUUUCUGCCGCAAUUAUUAUUGUUGUUGAUGUCGUCGUAUUAUUAUUCGGAAAAAUCAAAGUUGCCAUUCGCUAUGUUCGUCCAGGCAAUGAUCGCCGUGAUAUAUAAUCCGGUGAUGACUUCCCAGUAUUUUUUCUGGUUUCUGUCUCUGUUACCUCUGUGUUUACCAAAUAUCGAAAUGAAUCUGCGUAGGGGAAUAUAUUUAGCAUGUUCUUGGAUCUUGAGCCAAGCUAUUUGGCUGUUAACAGCUUAUUUACUAGAAUUCCAAAGUUUUAAUUCGUUCUUUUUUCUUUGGAUAUCUAGUCUUCUAUUUUUUGCUGUUAAUGUAAAAAUUUUAGUAGAUGUUAUUCAUCAUUAUAAAAGUUAGUUAUAACUGUAUAAUUUUUAUCUCAAUGAGAAUUAUUCUCUGUAUAUAAAAAAUGGUUGGCAAAAGUAUAACCAGAGAGAAACUCGUAAUAUAUCUUUUUACAUAUGUCUUUGAUGAAUGUAUGGCAUAAAAUAAAUGCACAAUCAGUUAUAACUUGAAAAUGAAUUAUACAGAAUUAUAUUUUGGUGUUUAAAUGUGAAUGUACAGGAUGUCAAAAUUACAAUUUUAAAUUUCGUUUAUGAAUUUUUUGUAUAAAUUGAUUUUUGUUGAGCCACAUAGUUGUGCCAUUUAUUUUUGUACUUCUGAAAUUUUCAUCAAGUAAGCACGAUGAGCUUGUCUGAGAAGAGAUUAUCUAUUUAUAAAACUUCCUUCUUCAAACUUUCAAUGCAACAUUAAAAUUUUACAGUUGUAAUUUUGUGACAUCCCGUACUAUUAAAUUCUUGGAAAAUACCUAGGAUAGCAGAUAGUGGAUUGUUCAAAAAACUUGAAUUUAUUUAAGUUUUAAUAAAAA